GCCUCGGGCGGGAGCCAGAGCCCAGCUCUCAGCCAGCGGGUACCCAGCGCCUGGCCUCAUCCAACCUGCUUCCAGUCCCCCUAAACUGCCUCCAGUAGUGGGAGCCCCGCACUGAGCAGGAGAAACUGGGACCGUGUUUGGCAAAACGCGCUCUACUCAGAGCGUCAGAGAGGUCCAAGAGCCAGUGACGCGGGGCGACAGGUGCACACAGACCCCGAAGGCUGAGCCAGACCUGGGAACACGCGGUUCCACAGCGACUACUUCGUUUGCCAACGGGAACAAGAGCCGCGCAGGUGCCCACCUUUCCUCGACCUCCAGCUGCAGCCGCCCCGCAAUGGAGACACCGGUCCAGAUCUUCCGUGGGGAGCCAGGCCCCACCUGCGCCCCCAGCGCCUGCCUGCUCCCCAACAGCAGCGCUUGGUUCCCCGGCUGGGCCGAGUCAGGCAACGGCAGCGCCGGCUCCGAGGAAGCUCAGCUGGAGCCCGCGCACAUCUCCCCCGCCAUCCCCGUCAUCAUCACCGCAGUCUACUCGGUGGUGUUCGUCGUGGGCUUGGUGGGCAACUCGCUGGUAAUGUUCGUGAUCAUCCGAUACACAAAGAUGAAGACAGCGACCAACAUCUAUAUAUUUAACCUGGCUUUGGCGGAUGCUUUAGUUACUACCACCAUGCCCUUCCAGAGCACUGUCUAUCUUAUGAAUUCUUGGCCUUUUGGGGAUGUGCUGUGCAAGAUAGUCAUUUCCAUUGACUACUACAACAUGUUUACCAGCAUAUUCACUCUGACCAUGAUGAGUGUGGACCGCUACAUAGCUGUGUGCCACCCUGUGAAGGCUUUGGAUUUCCGCACACCCUUGAAGGCAAAGAUCAUCAAUAUCUGUAUUUGGCUCCUGUCAUCUUCUGUUGGCAUAUCUGCAAUAGUCCUUGGAGGUACCAAAGUCAGAGAAGAUGUGGAUGUCAUCGAGUGCUCCUUGCAGUUCCCCGAUGAUGACUACUCCUGGUGGGACCUCUUCAUGAAGAUCUGCGUUUUCGUCUUUGCCUUUGUGAUCCCCGUCCUCAUAAUCAUUGUCUGCUACACCCUGAUGAUUCUGCGCCUGAAGAGUGUCCGACUGCUUUCCGGCUCCCGAGAGAAAGACCGUAACCUGCGCCGGAUCACCAGGCUUGUCCUGGUGGUGGUGGCCGUCUUCAUCAUCUGUUGGACCCCCAUUCACAUUUUCAUCCUGGUGGAGGCUCUGGGUAGCACUUCCCACAGCACAGCCGCCCUCUCCAGCUAUUACUUUUGCAUUGCCUUGGGUUACACCAACAGCAGCCUGAACCCCAUCCUCUAUGCCUUUCUUGAUGAAAACUUCAAGAGGUGCUUUAGAGACUUCUGCUUUCCCAUCAAGAUGAGGAUGGAGCGUCAGAGCACGAGCAGAGUCAGGAAUACAGUCCAGGAUCCCACUUACAUGAGGGAUGUGGAGGGGAUGAAUAAGCCAGUAUGACUAGUCGUGGAGAUGUCUUCCUACGGUUCUCCAGGAAGAGAAGAGUUCAACGAUCUAGGAUUUACCCAGAUUACCACUGCAGUCUGAGAGGAGAAGAUGGGUUUUUUAUAAACAUUUAGAAAUUUCAUGGUUUGAAGGUGCAGGCUGCAUGAGAAACCCAGUCAGUGGAAAUAUCCAAGGCUGUAGGGAUGGAGGAUGAAGGGUCCAAGGCACAAAUGCAACUCUUCUCUACAGCAGGCAAGCAAGGCUGAUUCCCAGUUCCUUUGAUGAACAAAGAAAUAGGAAUUUUUCUUCCGGUUUCCUAAAUUUAGUUCAAUCCCCAUUUGCUGUGGCCUUUCUAUGCAAUGUGGCUUCAAAGCUCUAUUUAGGAAAAAAUAAAUAAAAAGAAAAAAAUUACCCUAAAACAUUAGCUUCAGAACUGAGUAGCAUCCAAUUCAGAUGUUCAACAUGGACAGCAACAAUCUAAAAAAAGAAUGAGAACCAUUUUCAGUGCCUAGCUAACUUUCUGCUGGGUAGACCCAUAUUCAUGUGGCUCUAUGGAAAAAAUUCCACCAAAGUAGGAAUUGGGCCCACAAAUGAGGCAUCUGAUAAUCACAUAUGACAGAACAUUGUCUUAACAUUUAAGAACUUAUUUAAACAUGCAAAAUGUGGCUCUCUGUUAACAUAGACUAAUAUCUUGAAAACUACAAUUGCUGACUUUUGUUUUGUUUUAGCAUGCUAUUCAGAUAAAUAAUAUUCUGAUAAAGCAUGCAUUGAUAUAAAAAACAUAAAGUGGUUUAAAUGCCACCAGAAGUGUAUAUGAUUUCGUCUGUAAAUAAUAGUCUAUGUUGAAACAAGCAAUGGGCUUCCUUUUCAGCCAGGACAUUUCCCAGGAGCACACUAAUGAUAUCCCUUGCAUUCUUAAGAGUUGAUACUGACACAUUUUGCUGCAACAUAAACUAGUCUCUGGAAGUCAGUCAUGAGGGAUUUCUUUCAGACUCCUGAACACCAUUUAGUCCUUUAACCAUGCUCGUAACACAUGUGUUAACAAAUUCCCCAAACUUUAACUCACUCCCAGGUUGUAAACCUUGGCAGGAUCUAUUGUAUUUGUGGAAUCUCUUUGUGGAUAUAUAGGUAUCACCAGAUUCUCUCUAUUCAUGGAAGGUAAGGUGUUUUGAUUAUGUGCAUCUCAAGGUAUUAUUUGUGGCUUUCAGCAGGGAGUAAAAUUGUUCCUAAAUGUGUGCUGAACAGGGACAUUAUGUCACUCAGGGUUCCUGGAAAUAAGUUGCAUGGUGUUCUGUGAAGGGCAUGCCUGCUGAGGAUACUGCCAUAAGCAGUGUAUUUAGGAUAAUUUUGCUAAAACUUCCAAAUGACAUAUAAAUUCUCUCUUUCCCCCUGAAACUUAUGGUUUCAGAGAUAAUGGCUUUUUCUGUAAUUUGCCUGGAGAGAAGAAAGGGAUAAUUUAGAAAUGACACCCAUCUCGAAACCUGUAUCUUAUGAGGGCAGCACCUUUUGGAAUUUACUAGGAGAAUUUAAUGUGUCACCCCGUAUAACUGUAGGUUAUUACUACAUCUAGACUUUUGUUCACUUUAUGCUUUCUCUCUAGCAUAUAUUCCCCUUCCUUCUGGAAACCUACCCUUGCACUAAAGGUUUUACCCAUGGCUUCAUAGUUGUAGUUUGAUCAUGUUUGUGUCCAUUCUAGAUCUGAGCACCCAUGGUGUAAGGCAAUGUGGAAGAUAUUUUUCCUAAUGAAAAUGAAGAGAGCUUUUGAACAUUUCUGAAAUUGUAUUGAAAAUUCCUAGGUGCUCCUGUAUCCUUGUAACUGGAUGUAGAUGAUUAUUGAUUGAUGUGAACACAGUAUUUAAAAAUCCUGGCUACCAAACAUUGCUUAGGAUGUCUAUAGAGAGAGGAGUUCCAGGAACAAACUCUACUGAAAGAAGAAACAGGAAGACCUUUUUUUUUUUUAUGAAACAGCUAAACCCAGUAGAUUUUCUUGGUGGAUUCUCACCCAGAAUGAAAGUAUAAAAGAGAUAUAAUUUGAGGAUGAAAUUAUGUUAAAGUUCUCUUUAAAUUAGCACACCACAUGUUCCCCAAGCGUGCAUUGUCAUUACUGAAGUUGGAAUCUUUCUCUGAUAAUCCUGCAUCUCUUCAUGUGUAAGUUGCAGCCCAAGGAGGAAGAUAAGUAGCUUCUGGGUUAUUGUGAACACUAGCUUCCUCAAACUGAAGGAAGAGAAGGAAGAUGCAAAUGUCAUUUUAGGGUACUGCUUUAAAGGAAUGAUAAAGUGAAUUACAUAGAGUAGGAAAAGUACCCCUUCUAUAAAUGUGUUUCUUUGUCCAAAGCAUGUCUGUUGGCAUGUAUGUGUGAGUGUCAGUGUGUGGGCUGCUGUGAAGAGCCAUCAUACUGCCAUCCUUUCGUCUUUCCAGACAAAGCGUUUGUCCAAAUCUCACUGCCUUUCAGACAUCUCCUGAUGUUCCUGUUCUCCCAUCUCAGCAAGGAGGGCACUGCCUGCUGUGUCUCUGGCCUUGAGAUUCACUAUCUGUGUGAACUCUUCCUUCCUGUGUUUAUAACAACUUGGGGAAGACAGGAUGUAGUGAGGGGUCAGAGAAAAUGCAGAGAGGAACCAGCCACACAGGAGGCAGCAGUGAGGAGGAAACUUACAACUCUAACUGGGACCAAAGUGGAAAACAUGCUUAGUGCCCCUGGUCUGCUUAUGAACCUAGGAUCAUCCUCUAUGCAAAGAGUUUAGGGUCAGGGCUUACCACGAAAAAAGAAGUACAGUUUGAAAAUACUUUUGGGGAAGAAAUCAAGAAAUUUUCACGGACAACUUAAGAAAAAAUGGUUCCAUUUUGUGAGAUAUUACUGAGAAAUAAACUUUUAUUAACUUGCAUCAGACCAUUUAUAGAUGUUUCAUCUACUACUGGGACACAGAUGAAUAACUGGAAUAAAAGGAACACAUUGACUGGUUUUAAAUGAGAGCAUUGUAAGGAAAAUUGUGGCAAGGUUAUACGUCUGCUCAAAGAGAUUUCUUUUCUAAGCAAGAGUUGUUUGGGUGAUUCAGCAUAAAUAGGAAAAUCCCAUCCAAAAAGAGCAUAAACUACUUGUGCCAAGAUGAUUUUCUUCUCUGAAAGAAAAGUAUAUUCAUAUAUUCAUUACUAUAAUGUAUAUUAUUUAUAUAUAAUACUUUUAGAAGGUGAUAAUUAUGCAUUGUAUAUAUGAUUGUGUGCCUUGCAAUAAAACCAAAAUCAUACCUGCUUAAAGUCACAAUAGUCUAUUACUUAAUAAAUCAUUUAUACUCCAA